AUGGCCAUCCUCACUGAAUUACCAGAAGAACAAGAAGCGGCAAUAACAUAUGAUGUUUUCCUGAGUUUCAGAGGGAAAGACACUCGUCUGGGUUUUAUGGAUCACCUUUACCAAGCUUUGGUGAAUGAAAACAUCUCUACCUUUCUUGAUGAGGAAGAGGUUGAAACUGGGGAAGAACUUAAACCCGAGCUUGCAAAAGCUAUAAAAAGCUCCCGUGCUUCCAUAGUUGUGUUGUCUAGGAACUACGCAUCUUCAACAUGGUGUCUGGACGAGCUCGUGAUGAUCCUUGAGCAACGAAGGGUCUCUGAUCAUUUUGUUCUCCCUGUUUUUUACAACGUCGAGGCUACACAUAUCAGGAAGCAAGAAAGCAGUUUUGGAGAAGAGUUACUUAAACACAAAAAGAGGAUUGAGUCCGAAAAGGAUGCGGAGAAGAAAAUUCAAGGGGCUCGUAAGUUGGAGAUGUGGAGGAAAGGACUUACAGAAAUUGCUGAUUUGAAAGGAAAAGAUGCAACUGGAAGAAGAGAGACGGUGGUCAUUGAAGAAGUCAUGAAAGAAAUAACUACUAGACUGGAACUACACUUGCAAAGGAGAAUGCCACACCUAAUUGGGAUGGACAAUUCUAUUCAUACCAUCAGUUAUUGGUUAAAAAGAGGAUCUUCUGAAGCUGCUGAAAUUCUUACAAUUUGGGGAAUGGCCGGGAUCGGAAAAACAACAUUGGCAAAAUAUAUGUAUUUGUUGCACUGCCAUGAAUUUGAAAGAAGUAGCUUUGUUGAAGGCAUUAGAAGAAGAUGUGCACAACAGACAUGUUCCCAACUAGAUUUGCAAAAACAGCUUCUUGGAGACAUUCUCAAGAAAAAAAAAAAUUGA